UCAAUCUCCUUUGUGGCAUGGGUCGUAUUCAAUUCUUAAGGUGACAGUUCACCAUAAAUGGGUGAUUCCCGUGGCCUUGUAGUUGGUUUGGCCACUGUUGGUGACAGAGUAAAGGUGCGCCGUCGGUCGAGUUCGAGUGCUGAAAAUAGAAUGGCUCCUACCAGCAUGUCGCAGGAUGUGAAGCUUUUACAUAAUAACCCACCCUCAGUUUUGAAAGAAGACGAUAUUUUCAAACUCAGGAGAACUUAUAGUCUGUCCCCAUCCCUCACACUAAGGCUUCCACUACCCUCAGAACGAGCAGCAGAUGCAAAGCAUAACGAGGUUGUUGUCUAUGAGCUGUAUUUUGCCGCGGGUUUACGGGAAGUUAUUCCGUCUCUUAUUGCUAAGAUGGCCAAACGCUUAGCAGUUUCUCCUGGCCAAUUUUAUCCAUCAGCCUGGCGACUGUUAAUUGCUAUUCAAACUUUUGGAGAGCUAGAAUCCAUUGCUAUAGAAGCAGAAGAGGUGUUGUACGCGUACUACAUUUCGAAAUUUGACUCUGAUCCUGGGAGAUAUUCUCUGCAUCCAAGGAACCAUCCUCCCUUAGCCCUUGACGUUGAGUGCCAUGUUAGGAGGUCGCUUGAAGAAGGAUGGCGAGAGAAAUAUAUUUUUAUGAAAGUGGGUGAUAAUCCUGGUUUUCCUACUUCUUGGUUUGUUGCAGGUGUUAAAACCAAGGCAAAUCCAGUUGGUAGAGCUGGAGCUCUUGAAGUAGUAAAACGUCCAUUGCGAUAUCGUAACGUUGAGUUCUUGACUAGCGAGUUCGCUUUAGAGUACAGCACCAUUUGGGGAUCCAAUAUGUCUAGCAACCAGCGGUGUUCUACUACAGAUAUUUAUGCAAAGUUCAUGGCAGCUUCUGGAAAGUUGGCAGAAGCUAACCCUUCAUCAUCACUUCAAAUGCUAGCUGAUUCUGGAGAUGACAUUCAAAUUCUAUGAGAUCUUUCUACACAUAAGCGUAAAACUCAGAGCGACACUGCCACUUCAUCAGACGCAAGGCGACUGAAGACUGUCUCGGUUCAGCCCUCUCCUAGUGAGCUGGUUACUAGUUCUAGUAGCUCAAUUGUUGAUGAGUUGAAAUCGAAGAUACUUUCUCGUAACUUUGAAUCUCUAGCUACUACAGGGACUGAUGGUGUUUACUGUGAUCUUCUCAAGGCAAUGUCUGCCUUCUAUCUUGCUGAAAAGAAACUGUCUUCCGAGCAUCAAAUCAAUGAAGCUCUGAGACGUGAAGUUGACAAUGAGAAGUCGAAGAAUGAUUUUGCUCACAAGACCAUUGCUUCUAAAAAUGAUGAGAUCUCUGGUCUAGAAUCAAGGGUGCGGGAACAUGAUCAAACCAUCCUUGAUCUCCAGGCUGCAAAUUCCAAUUCAAUGAUGGAAAAAGAACUACUUCAGCAAGAGAUUGUGGCUCUUAAGAAGCGGAACGAAGUCUUGAAAUAUGAGCUAGACUUUUAUUUGAGCGGGGCUGCUAUCAUAGCUCGAUGGGAAGCUUCGCGUGAAUGCUUGUUGGGAGAACACAACAUAUGGAAGUUGGACGAAUUGGAUGCGCAAUAUCAAACUGUGAUACGUAGCCAAGCACAGUUCAAAGGAAUGCCUCCUCCGACGUUCGAUGAAUCUCUUGUUUCGAUCAAGGCACAAGAGCAAGCCGGUUUCGGGCAAAGCACCUCAAACCCUACUCUCCUAUGACAAGCUUCACCUUUCUUAUUUCAUUCUAAUCAGUUUGCUUGGUAAUGUCGAAAAUUAAUUAGUACUUUGUAUGUUCCAGAGCCAUUUGUGGUAGACAAUGAUGUGGUAUUGUUGACAAUUUUAUAAAUUUCCAAACAUGAUCUGUCUCUGUCAAGUUGCGUCAUGGGACAGUUUUGUUA